UUUUAUAAGGACUGUCAUUUCUUUACAAAGAAAUUAUAAAAAACAAAGACUUCAAAGGUUAUUAAAGGAGCUUGAAAGUUCUGCUAAAUUUUGCAAUAUUCAAAGUACAGCUGUAGAAAUUGGAACAAAUGAGAUAUAUAUGAAGUCAGAAGAUAUCAACACUCACUGGAGAGAAGAAAAAUUAAAAGUUGAAGGUAUUCAUGAUGACCAAAAUAUAAAUAAUAAAGAAAAAUAUGUUUUUGCUGGUCAUUGUAUAAAUAAAGAGCUUGUUAAUAAAGAAGAAACUCAAAUCUAUAAAACUGAAAGACAUAUUACUUCUAAUACUAAUAGCAUUAUUACUGUGAGUUUUAUUGAAACUCAAGCUGAUCGAAACGAAGUGGCAUCUCAACAAAAAACAUCUAAAAAAAGUAAUAACAAAACUCCAAGAGACAUUUUGAUCAAAAAAGAUCCAUUUAAAAUAAUAGACUCUAAUAAAACUCUAAAUUGCAAACUUGAAAGAGUUGGUAUUGGAAUUCAAAAAGAUGCACACAGGACAAUUAUUUGUAAAGCUCAAAAAGAUGCAGCCAAAAUGACGGAAAAUCAAUACUUAACUGAAAUAACGGACAUUGAAACUCAAAAUUAUGAUCAAAUUGGUAUUGAAGUUCAAGACUUGAUUAAGCAAACUGAUAAUAAAGCUCAGAAAGUCAUUGUUAUUAAAAGUCAAGAUAACACUGACCAAACUGAUGUCAAAAAUAAUAAAGGCUCUGUCAAUAAAAUUCAAGAUUUAACUGAACAAACUGAUAUUAAAGCUCAGAAAACCUCUGUUAUUAAAAAUCAAGAUUACACUGAGCAAACCGAUGUCAGAACUAAAGUUUAUGUUAAUGAAAUUCCAAAUUUAAUUGAGAUAUCUAAUAUCAAAACUAAUAAAUCGACUGUUAAUAAAAGUCAAAUUUUAACUGAGCAAACUGAUAUUAAAGCUCAGAAAGGCACUGGUAAUCAAAAAAGUCAAGAUUACACUGAGCAAACUGAGGUCAAAAAUAGUAAAGGCACUGUCAAUAAAAUUCAAGAUUUAACUGAGCAAACUGAUAUUAAAGCUCAGAAAGCCACUCCUAAUAAAAGUCAAGAUUACACUAAGCAAACUGAUAUCAAAAUUAAUGGUGAUUUUAAUGAAACUUCAUAUCUAAAUGAGAAAUCUAAUAUCAAAACUAAUAAAUCCACUGUUAAUAAAAGUCAAGAUUUGGCUGAGCAAAUUGAUAUAAAAGCUCAAAAAGCCACUGGUAUUAAAACUCAAGUUUUAAAUUAUCAAAUUGAUGUCAAAACUGAUAAAGUUGAUACUAAUAAAAGUCAAGAUUUAAACAAGCAAACUAUUAUUAAAGCUCAGAGAGUGGCUGUUUAUAAAAGUCAAGAUUACACUGAGCAAGCCGAUGUCAAAACUGUUAAAGUUGAUGUUAAUGAAAGUCUAGAUUUAAUUGAAAAAUUUAAUAUUAAAACCAAUAAAUCCACUGUUAAUAAAAGUCAAGAUUUAUCUGAGCAAACUGAUAUUAAAGUUCAGAAAGUCACUAUUAAUAAAAGUCAAGAUUUAUCUGAGCAAAAUGAUAUCAAAAAUAAUAAAGGCACUAUCAAUAAAAUUCAAGAUUUAUCUGAACAAACUGAUAUUAAAACUCAGAAAGCCACUGUUAAUAAAAGAAAAGAUUACACUGAGCAAGCUGAUGUAAAAACUAAAGUUGAUGUUUAUGAAAGUUCAGAUUUAACCAAGCAAACUGAUGUCAAAACUAAUAAAGCUACUGUUUAUAAAAGUCAAAAUUACACUGAGCAAACUUAUGUCAAAACUAAUAAAGUUACUGUUAGUAAAAUUCAAGAUUUAUCUGAGCAAACUAAUGUUAAAACUCAGAAAGCUACUGUUAGUAAAGUUCAAGAUUUGACUGAGAAAACUUAUAUAAAAGCUCAUAAAAUUGCUGUUAAUGAAAGCAAAGAUAUAACUGUACAAACUGAUAUUAAAGUUCAAAACUCUAUUGAUCUUGAAAUCCAAAACUCAAUUGAUCUUGAAAUUCAAUGUUUAAUUAAACAAUUUGGUAGUACAAAAAAGAUUCAGAGAAUGCUAAAAAGUUAUAUAUCUAACAAGUUAUCCAAUCUUUCCCAACCAAAUAUCCAUUGCAAAGUAUCUGAAGAUUCAUGUAUAGUUUUAAAGAGAUCAACUGAAGGAUCAAGUUUAUGUUUUCCAACAAAAACUCUAUUAUUUAAUAAUUUUGAAAAACUUAGUUCUCAAAGUAAAAAAACAGAAUCAGUUAGUGCUUAUUCAAAUUUUGUAGAUAUAAAUGAUGACAAGCCAAAAAUAACUUUUCAAAACAAUAGUCUUUCUUCUCAGAAAAUUUGUAAUGAAAAUCCAAUGAGAAUGAAUACAAAAGUUGAAUCGUCUUUCCUUACUCACCUGAGUGAUAUUAAAUCUGAUUUAAAAACAGAUUACUCCAUAGAUAUAAUACAUAAUGAAAAUGAUUCAAAUAAUAAAGAUGAUUCAAGUAACAGUAGUUUUGAUUAUAAUCAAGAAGUGGAUCUCAACCAAUUUGAAUUUAUUGAUAGCAUGAUGGAGAACAGGCCAAAUCAAAAGUUUCAAGAAUCUAAAGAUGUUUUAAAAACAGUUCAAUCUGAAAAUGUAUUCCAUUCAUGUAUAGAUAAAAGUUGGGUUAGACCUUGUUCAACCAUUGGUAACAAUGAUUUGCCAAAAUUAGUUGCAACAAUCAAUAAUGCAAGAUAUGUUUCUCAAAAAGAUCAAAAAACUGAUGUUAUUACUAAAGAUUGGGGGAUUAAUAAUAGAACAACAGCUGAACUAAUAUUAAAGAGAGCAAAAAAAAUGGAAGGAAAAAAAAAGAGAGGUUUAGAACCUUGUAAAAGAUACCAUUCUGUUAAACAAAAACAUGAUAUAAUAUUACCUUUGAAUCUUCCAGAUAGUCAUUUAGCUGUUAGUUGGAAUGAAAAAGUUGAAAGGACUAUCAUAAAUAUGGAUGAAAUAUUGAAUAAAAAAGCACAAAGUAUGGUUGAUAGGAAAAGUGAGCCUUUGUUUCUUCCAAAAGUCCACCCACAUUCCUUAUCUACUAGCUCUUCAUCAAUUGUAAAGUAUCACACUUGAUUCUACAUGAAUUGGCCUUGAAAGAUUUUUCUAUAUGUUAUAUACAUGGUAAAAUGGUUAUCUUUUUACCUGAUUCAAUAAAGAUCAAUCAAAUUUAAUAAUUGUAAGAUUUUUUUUACCUAAGUUUUUUCUUGAUUAAAGCCAUGUUAUUCCUUCUCAAUAUUGAAAAUGACCUUUCUGGUUUUGCGGAUGUAGCACCAGCUGUCAGGAUGAUUGUUGUGACAGUAAGGCAAUUUUUGUAUAAUAUUUAUUUUUCUUGUGAGAAUAAGUUUAACACGUAAAUUACUUUUUCCAAGUUGAUGGGCUAACUUUUGAAUAUACUAUUGGAAAUACUCGAAGCUCUAAAACCAAUGAAUCACCAUCAAAGUCAUUAAAAUGAAUCUCCAACUUUUAAUUCAUUGAUUAAACACUGUUUGCUUGCCAAUUUCAAAUAAACUGCUCUGCUUGAGAAAAUAGCAUCAACGUUGGUUGAUAAAAUCAAUCUUUUAUGGAGUUAAUAAUAGAAUCAUAAGCUCCUUAGUAAUACAGAUUUUCCAGAUAACUUGCUCUCGCCGUUGCCCUUUCGGGUUUUUCUUGAGAUAAUGCAGUAAAGACUAAUAGGAUUUUUUCUUUAUUAGAAGACUAGAAACUAGGCAGUUAAAGGCUUUUAUUUUUCUAGCUGACACUUAUAUUUUAGUAAAUCAAGCUAAAUUUGUACUUAUUCCUCAUGUUUUCUAAUAUUUGAACAACUAAAUCAACGAACUAUUUUCUAAAUUUUUGAGAGGUCCGUAAUUGCAUACAGUUUUUGGUUUAAAUACAGAGCAAAAUAUAAGUUUAGUAAGUUCAUUUGAUUUUUACAGCCUUUUAUCCUUGGUCUUGUAACAAAAUCCAAGUUUUCUGCUGAUUGCUCUCAUAACUUUAAAAAGUCUUUGUUUAUUAUCUUUUUAAAACACUUUACCAUGAUAACAAUGAAAACAGUUAUGACAAUUAGAAAAAUGGUCUAUUUAACUCAAAGUUUAUUGAGUUUUUGGAUAGAGUAUGGGAUAUCUCUGCUGGUUAGAGCCAGGGUAGCUCAGUUAAUUAGUCCGAGCUGGGGUUGCUCAGUUGGUUAGAGCACUGCUAAAGUUCGGAACUAUUAUUGGCUGUAGCAGUAGGAUUGCAGGUUCAAAUCCCCGCUUCUAUACUGUGUAUGAGUAGUAAAUUUUCAAUGUUCUCACUUUUGAUAUGUGCAAGUUUGUAAAAUUCUAUAAAAUGUUCUGAUAUGUACAGACAUGGUAUCAACAGAAUAAACACAGAAUGAUGACUGUUCAAAAUCCAUUCCCUCGUCAGCGAUAAUGAAAUAGAAAUUUGGACCGCAAGUUUUUGAAACGUUUAUUCUUAAAACCAUGCCAUGAUAUGCAACAAUUUGUUCUGGAUGUCAUGAGGACUGCAUUUCCACCUUAUCUGCCCUUAGAUGUUUUAGUAUGUUCUUGUAUUUUGUUCCAAGGCAAUGCAAAAUCUGAGUUAAAUUAUCAUUAUUAUAGAGCUCCUGCAAUAAAAUUUCUUGACAAUAUCCAACGCAACUAAUUUCUAAAAAAGUUUACACUCAAUUUGUCUCCAUUAGGUGGUUUAAUAUUCAAUUUUCUCAAAGUUGUUACAAUGAAGAUCAGCAAAGUGAUAAGUGUAGAAGGCUUGAUGAAAAGCAGAUUCUUGAUAACUGUAAAAUCACUUGGGUGCACUUUAGUCUAUUAAUUCAUUUUAUUACCCUUAAGUUUCACCAAAACGAGAUAAAAGGAUAUAUAUAUAUAUAUAUAUA